AUGCACACACCUCAGUAUGAAUUUCUAUCUGGUGCUGAAACACACUAUUUCGAGAGCCCUGAACGUCGUGAAGCCAUUCUCAACUUUCUGAGAUCGCAUCCAGAUAUGUUCGAGGUCACCGAAUAUUUCGAAGAUUUUGGUUACCAGCCUAUCAAGCGUGUACAUAAGAAAGACUUUUUAGAGUAUCUCGAGACCGCCUAUGAGGAAUGGAUCGCAGAGGGAGGCCAUCCCAAUGGAGUUUUGCCUGCAACCAUUCCACACCAUAAGCUUGCGCGCUUGGGUAGGCUCAAAGCUUCAAACUGCCUCGCAAAAUCAGGUCAAUACUGUUUCGAUCUAUCCGCCGUAAUUACUAAAAACACGUUCAAAUCUGCCUGGAAUGCAGCACAGAUUACAUUAACUGCGGCCAAGGAACUCGUUCGUAUUGGAGAAGAGUAUGAGAUGAACGUCACCGAUGGCUCCUCGAGAGAAAAUCCUCCUGGUUUGUACGCUCUAGUACGUCCCCCGGGACAUCAUGCGCAAUCUGAUCUCUGUGGCGGUUAUUGUUUCCUUAACAAUGUUGCGAUCGCUACCCAGUGGCUGAUUGACCAGCCUGAGCUAAAGCGUAAAGAUGGCGGACUCAAGAAAAUUGUAAUCCUUGAUAUCGACUUCCAUCAUGGAAACGGAACGCAAGAGAUCUUUUAUACCACUUCCAAUCCUCUUUACAUCUCUCUCCAUUCAGAUGAUGACUAUCCUUAUUUUACCGGAUCAGAAAUCGAAAGAGGCGAAGGUGAAGGUUUGGGUUUCAAUAUCAACCUUCCUCUACCUAAGGCAACCACCGACGAUGAUUAUGUAGAGGCGCUUGAGAAGCUUAUUCAAGAACAUAUCAUCCCAUAUAAGGCAGAUUAUGUUAUUGUGUCACUGGGUGUCGAUACCUUCAAGGAUGAUCCCAUUGCAGGAUUCUUAGUUACAUCCGAAGGAUAUCCUAGAAUUGGGAACGCAAUCCGAAAAAUCGGCCUACCCACGUUGUUCGUGCAAGAAGGAGGAUACUGCAUCGAGAUGCUUGGCAUUAAUGUAGGCGGCAUUUUGUCAGGGUUUUUAGGUCGAGCUUAA